UGUUUACAUAAUACUUGUGUAAACCUGUUCGGUAGAGGUCAGAGGUCAUGCUAUUUUUACUUUGACUGACCAUGGGUCAAAGCGCGGGUCUAAUAGGAUUAGCGUCACUCUCGUACUCGAUGUUGAUAUUAUACUGUACAUGUGUAAGUCCGGUACACACAUCCGUGGCGAAGUAUUGAUCAACGCACCUUGAGCCUUUGUGCCUUUAAAACACGGAUCUAGAGACCUUUAAUCACCAUGACAACAGUAAAAUAUCCAGGCGACACAGAUGAGGCCCAUCCUGAAAAGUUCAACAUAGAGGCCAUGCCGCCGCAACCCAAGGAGAAGAAGCCAGGACAAUUGUCGGAGGACAUGAUCAGGCAGUUCUUUACCGAGGGCUUUGUAGUGGUGGAGGACUUUUUUAAGGCAGAAGAGCUCGAGGCCUGUAAGGAUGCCAUCAAACGGCUUGUUGAUGAUUUGGCUCUCAAGUUGUAUAAUGCUGGCAAAAUCAAGAAACUGUACAAGGAGUGUGGAUUUUAUGAAAGACUGGCCACUAUUGAAAAGGAGUUUCCUGGGGCUAACAUUAUCCUCCACAAACUGGGAGCCAUGCCUUUUGAAAUACAACAGCUGUGGUCUAAUGAGAGACUCCUGAAUGUAGUUGAGCAGCUAAUCGGCCCUGACAUCAUUGGACAUCCAGUGUGGAACCUCCGCACCAAGACACCUCAGAAUGAGGCUACAACAGUACCAUGGCAUCAAGAUGUUGGCUACCUUGACAAUAGCUCCUACACUGUACUCCAACCCACAGCCUGGAUCCCGCUGCUGGACACGGACGAAAACAAUGGAUGUAUGCAGAUGGCGGGAAAAGGCCACAAGACGGGUAAGAUAGCCACACAUCAGUGUUGUCAUGGUGGCACCUGGUACGUGAUGCUGGAGGAGGAGGAAAUGAAGAAAAAAUUAGACAUAGAUGUUGAUAAUGACAUACAGAUUUGCCCCAUACCCUACAGAGGAAUGCUUCUCUUCAACAACCUCAUACCACAUCGGAGCCUUCCAAACAUGUCCAAACAGAUAAGGUGGAGUUUUGAUUUAAGAUGGCAGAGACCUUCGGAACCUGUCGGAUUUUAUGGUAUUAAAGAAGGAAUACUGAUGAGAUCCUCGAAGGACCCAAACAUGAAGAUAGACUGGGAAGAGUUCAAUGGUUUAAACAGACAUAUUAAAGCUCAAGAAGUCAUCUCCGGAGAGAAAAUUGAGGAGUUUGACACCACCAUACAGGGACCAUGGAUGAAAAAGUGGGAAAUUGUACAUGUCAAUCAUCAUGUCAAUGCACAUCGACAACAGGAAGGUGACCCUUCUAAGUGGACAAAGGCAUAGGUCAAAACAAGGUCAAGUCUGUCGUCCUAAAAUGUGGACCAAGGCAUAGCUCAAACUUGCCUGUUAUUUUAGCGAUAAAGUUAGCAUAGUGGAUAUUUAGACUUUUAAAGAUUUAAAGAAAUUUUAGGCAUAAUAUCAGCAUGCUUUUCUAGCUGCAUUUGAAAAUUUUAUAAAUCUAUAUGUACAUUUACUUAUAAUUACAUACAUAUAUGUUUUAUAGAUACCUUGAAAAUUAUAUUAUUAUGAAGAAUAUAUAUUUACUUACAUACAGAUAUGAUAUAUAGAUAUAUUGAAAAUUUAUUAUGAAGAUAUUUUUCGAUGACAGCAUUUUAUGUGAUGAUUUUUAAUUAAUUUAAAGCUACCCAAGUUGGAAUGGUUCUGACUAUAAAUCAUCUUUAUUUUACUACUGUAAAAGGUGAUAUUUUCGCGGGGGGUUAAUUUUGGUGAUUUCGAUAUGUAAACUAUACGCGUUGGGGUAAUUUUCGGGAUCGAUCCACCUUCAUUUGGAGUUUGAGAUGAUGCAUAUUGAUAUCAAAAUAAUAAGCGUCAGGAAAAUUUUUGCGAUCAAAAGGACUUUGUGUAAUUAGCGUAAAUUUCCCCCUCGCAUAAAUGUCCAUGUUUACAGUAUAAGAAAUCAUUUGCUGACUACAGAAGUUUAAAAACAGUUAAAUUGCUAGAAUCAUUUUGACUAAAGCUGGCCUUGGAGACUGUACAAUAGUCAGCAUUGGCAUGGGUUAUUAUUAUAGAAUGGGUGUACUGUUGAAAUACGGAUUCUCAGUUGUGUUAUCAAUAUACAUUAUAUGAUAUCCAGUAGCUAGAUAUGUACACAAAGUGUACUGUUGUCUUUAUAUUGGUAAAUACAUUACCCCUAUGCAGUUCUAACUCUAUCUGCGGAUAUUUGUGAAGAGUAUAUGACUUCGAUAUUUUCCUAAGAUUAUACUAUGUCAUUGUGGUUGAUGUCUUACAAGUUCUCGGGAAAUUCAUGACUUCAUAUUUUAACAUCGAUGGCUGAUUUGUAACAUAGCUUUAUUAACAUUAUACUAAAAUAAAACAACGGAACUUAAUUGUUCCUGGCAUGUCUGUAUACAAGGAUCAAGAUCAUUGACUUAGUUUGCUCACCUCUUGAAAAGAAGGGGGAGCUUUUUUGGUCACAAUCGUGUCGGUGUCAGCGUUCAUUUCUAAAUACAUGUAUUUAUAUAUGAAUUUUAACAAAUUAAUGGGAACUCAAAGUUAUAAAACAGACAACAAUGAGAUGUGAUUAAAUCAGUACAGAAGCCAUUUUAUAAACCACUGUCUAAUAUCACACAGACAUCUUUAAAGUUACAAUAAAGGGGCAUAACUCUGUUGUUACUGGUCAUUUAGCCAAAUGUAGCAGUGUGGAAGGCAUGAAAUCCAGACAAUUUUGGCAAUUUUUUACAGGGAACAUAAUUGUAAGUUUAAUGAGGGUUCACUAAAUACAACAAACUCAGCUGUUGUUUCUCCAGCACUCACCUUACAAAUUUUAUUUUUGUUUUGUUAUUUUUUGGAGUCUGUUUUGUAGAUAUUUACUGGAAUAGCCUUAAAUGUAAAAGUUGUGUAUUUUGUAUAUAACCUAUGACUGUGUAAUCUAUCAAUCAACAAGGUUUUACUUUGAAUUAAUUGUUUAAAUUAACCAGAUUUGUUUUGUUAACCUUACAAUGAUACUAAUUCUUACAAACAAACCUUUCAUGUCUUUAUGACAAGAUUUGGGAAAGUUCUAAGGAAGUUGUUAUAGAUUCCUAAUUUUCAUUCCACCAUAAGAAAAAUGUAUUUGUCACUUAAAAUUUCGAAUUUCUUUAUAUUAUAUUUGUAGAAUAUUGAUUAUAUCAGCUAUUUUUUUUUAAAUAUUUGUAGAAUAUUGAUUAUAUUAGCUCAGUUUUUAAAUAUUUGUAGAUUUUUGACUAUAUUAGCUCAUAAAAGCUGUUAAAAUGUUCAUAUAAUAAUACAUAUGUAUAUUACUGUAUCAAUUACAGGUUACAGCCAUCAAUAUCAUGUAUACACAAUUUGCUUUCUUUUAAAUUUAAUUGUCAUGAUGUUACUGAUAUAAAAGAGAAAAAGUCCAGGGUAAAGGAGCCAUAUAGGUCUCCAUUGUUACUUGCCAUUUUCAUUCUGUUUUAAAGCUUCAUAUUGUUAUAUGUAUUUGAUUUGACCGUGCCAUACAGGCUACCUGUAUAUAGCAAAACCUGUCCAUGAAGACACACCUGUUUAAGUUUCAGUUGUAACAUCAAUUAUUUUAGCUCACCUCUCAAAGAGAAGGAUAGAUUAUGUUAUGGUGUCUGUAGGUCUUGGUUGAUGUUGAAAGGCCUCACUAAACUCCAUUUUUGGAGAUUUUUGGAGAAAAACUUUUUUUUUUUUUUUUUUUUUUAACAUUUUGGACUCUUUACGUCAAAUCCAGUGUUAAGUUUUGGUACCAGCGUUCUAAUAUUUGGUUUUAGGGUUGCUGUGUGGGUUCACUUUUAUUUCCCAGAGUAGAAUAUGUUUCAAAAUUAUGUUAAUUUCAAUGCUUUCUACGAUGCAAACAAUAAUUCAAAGUAUGUCUAUUUCACCUUUAAAUUUUGCGAUAUUUUUUGUUAGAAUAUUUGUGUACAUGUAUAUUGCAAUAUAGAUUCCAUUUGGUUUAUUUGCCCCCUAAUUCUAGUGUGAGGUAUAAUAUGCAAUACAAGGUUAUCUUUGUACUGAUGAUGGUGCUAUAAUAAUAAACUUGUAUAAUAUGUGGGGGGGUGGGGGGGGGGGGGGGGAUCCCUGCUACCUAGCAUAGGUUCAGAUGCAAUAUUUUCAUCUCUUCUUUAAAAUUAUUUUUAAUCUUAAUAUGCCAUUUUGGUGAAAACAGAUAAUUGCAUAUUCUCCAUCCAUCCAUUAACUUUUAAUGACUUGGUUUUGGUGAUUUAAAUGCUCAGGGUCAUGGUCAGAUGAGCUGCUACCAAGUUUGUUACAAUGAAUGACCAUGACAUAUUCUCAAGGUUACAUGUUAGAUAUGAUGUUAAAAUCGUUUAUAAAGAAGUUACAGUAAAUAACCCAAGAGAUUAUGGGCCUGUAUCAGGCUGUGAUGAACAGCACGAAAAUGAUUUCAAAUAAAUAAAUUUCGUCUGUUUUCAUUUGGCAUCACAUGAAUGACUUUUAAAUAAACUUUGAAGUUGCAUGAAUAAAACCGUUUGUAAUUUCCAGUUUGAUGAUUUUGUGAUAAUGACUUCCAUGGUAGUAAGUUUAAUAACAGAAAAUCGAUACAGGCCCAUUGGAACUUUUGCUACAUAGUUUAAUAUGUUACUAAAAUUCUUUUAUCAUUUUUUUCCUUUUGCAAUCUACGAGCAUUAGUUACAUGUACAUACUUUUCAAAUCUAUUGAUUUCCCCAACUCUUAUUUGCGUUAGCAUUAGGCUGAAUAUUUUUAUCUUGUAUACUAUUUGUAGAUAUUCAAAUUGUGCUUGUUUAUUAUAUAUUAACUCAGCAUCGAAGGUUUUAUAAACAAAGUUAUCAGUUAUUGUAAAGGUCUCGUUUUGUAUCAGCUACUCGGCUUCAGUUUUGUUAAUGAAUUCUUAGAUAUUGAUUGUUUAAUUGUGCAAAUUCUGGUAUCAUUUUACAUUCCUUUUGAAUUUGUUUAUAUUGUUUUCUUUAUUGAUUUUGGUGAUUUGAAUGUCUUAAGGUCGUACCGUCAAGAUUCUGCUGUUGCCAAUAUUGUAUUCAAUAGCAAUAAAAAUAUACAUGUAUAUAAAGCAAUGUAAAUAUAAGAGAAAUUCAGUUAAAUCAUUAUAUUUUGUGAUUUUUUUUUUAAAUCACUGAUAUAUGGAGAGUUUGUGUCACUACGUUAAUUUUGUAAAAUUAGAAUUAUUUUUAUUUCCAUUUCUGCCAAAUUCGUUCCACGUUUGUUCCAGACAAAGAAUUUUGUUAGUGUUGUAUGUAACUCAUAUUUUAUCCUCACUCAUAGUUUUUAUAGAGAAAGCAAUAUAUUUGUUUAUGAUCUGUUUGUGUUGAGUUUGUAUUCCAAGUCAAAUCUGUCUACGUAAUGGUUGAGAAUGUUGCGCAUUUUUAGGUCACCUGAGACGAAGUAUAAACUGACCUAUUCUUACCGCCUUUUGUUCGUUAUCCUCCGUCGUCUGUUCGUUAACUGUUUACAAUUUUGACAUUUUCUCAAUAAGCAGGAGGCCUAGAGACCCGAUAAUGAGCCUACAUUAUGCUGGGGUGAAUUGAUAUCAAAAUUGUUCAAUUGAAUGACAUUGACUUUUAUUGAAGGUCACAGGGGUCAAAUAUUCUAAAAUCUUUAAAGGACAUUUUCUGAAUAGCCAAGCGGCCCAGAGACACAUAUAUAUAUGUCUGCAGAGACGUGAUAUUGAGCCUUUAGCAUGUUAGACAACGAAGUUUGUUUAAAUGAUUGACUAACCUUAAUUCCAUGCCACUUGGCUUAAAUAUCCUAACAUAAUAUAAACGUCUUCUUCUGGAGAACCAACACAUUAAGAAACCUGAUAUUUGGCCAGUAGCAUGCUGGGGUGAACGGCAUCGACCUCAAAUUCAAGGUCACAGGAAUCAAAUCUGCCAAAAUAUAUCAAAACUAUAGUGACUGUUUAAGCCCAUGGGCCUCUUGUAUCAAUAUCUUGAUGGAAACCCUUGUGGACAAAAUCUUCGUCCUUUUCACACAAUCCCGGUUAAGGACAUGAACAGAUAAGUGUUCUCCUUUUCCUAAACAGCCUGCACGCGCAUUUAUUCUGAAAACUACAACUCGCAAUGUGAUGACGUAAACUUUAUGCUGCAUGACCUUAUCACAAUCGAGUGACGUCGUCAAUUUCGCCGCACUUUUCGUGCGCCAUUAUGACAUGAUGAUGUACUGAUAUUAUAAAACUUGUGAUAUCAAAAGAUUGAAAAGUGUUGAACAAAAAAAUGAUCACCAUGAGUGAUGCAAGCUUCGUUACCUUGUACAUAUAGCGAGUUUUCAACAAUAAAUCUGUAUGAAUAACUGUAUGACUUGAUAAAACAAAAUCCCAGCGUCACGCUAAGUGCAGAUUGAUCUCAAUCUUGGAAUUUGUACAUGAACAUCUAUUCUUCAAAAUAUACAUAUACAUGUAUGUCUACUUUACACAUAGGUGAAUGGUCCUGUUAGUCCUGGGCAAAGUUUGCCAAAGGACCCGUGUAUAUGUCUGACCUUUUCCAGAGAAACCCUAGAGAAAUAAAAGGUCUUCAACCUACCGCUUACAAUAUAUAUAUAACUACUAUAUGCUGUAAUCGUAAGCUCUUGGGGUUCGGCUUGGCUUUGCCAUUGGAAUUCCAUAUAGUUCCAUUUAUUUGAAGCAAUCUAUCUGACAUUCGUAUAUAUAGUUUUUACAGUAAAACACCAGUUGUUUUAUACCUUUUGAAACAUUCAAUGCACGAACGUACGUAGUGGCAAAGGUUUUUGGAAUUCCCAGAGGGAAUUUAAUGCGUCCAGAAUAUCAAGCCUCAGAAAAUUACAUUUAUAGAUUUCUCGAGAAAGUACGUCUUUUAAACAGAAACCUUGCUAUAUACUAAACGAUAAAAGAAACGCAAAUUUCAGAAAUUGCCCGGUUUACUACGGGAAAUAAAAAGAUGUUAUGGAAUGUAAUGAUAGUGUAAUUGAAAGAUAGGGAACCACUCUCAUCUCAGACAAUUUUAUCCAUGUAAGUUUAAGACCCUCUCAAAUUCUAGGUUGAUCCGAGGGUACCCCUAUCAAAAUGUAUAGCAUUAUGAGCACAUCAAUAUCUGAUAUGUCCGCGUAAAUCCCGUUUUACAAAAGACUGCUUGAAAAUAAUAUUCUGUUGUAAUGAUUAUAUUUACGAAAUGAUUUUCGUCAAAAUAGAGGGGUAUUUAAUUACAUCAUUGACUGAAAAUAAAAUGCUGGUUAUUAAUUGUU